AUGACACGGUUCCUGACACCUUCGAAAAUUGGCCUUCUGGCCCUAAUUGAACUAUACACUGAUGCCGUCGUCCCCAAUGCUUCCACGAUCCCAAUACUCUCCUUUAUAAUCAAUCAGCUCCUCCCAUCCUCCCUCAAGAACCAACCGCAAAGCCAGACCAAGCUAGAGACUCUGCCCUUCCUCCUCGACCUCAAGUCCUUCGAAACCCUCCUCUCCGCACAUCCAGCAGCUGGAAUUCCCGGACGCUCUCUAUGGGAUCAUUUUCUCAGGAAGCUAUGGGAAAUUGACAGUUUAGAUGCUGUAAACCAGUUCUUCACGAAGCGGAAGAAUCUGCUGGCCAAAACUCGAGAAGAGGUGAGGUUGGAUGACGAGCUUGGGAUUCCGCCUCCUUCUGAGGAUAUGAUAUUGCUUUCGAGGACGUCCCCCUUGGGAAGCUUCGUACGCAGAUCUAAAGUCGAGUACGAGCGCCUGCGGUUCAGUGAUGUGCUGGCGCUGUGGGUGGCGUUCACGAAAUGGAGGGAGGAUUCGAGGGCAUACUGGGCGAAGAAGAAUGGUGGGCUGGGCAGAUGGGCGGGAGACAGAGCACUAGAGGAGGGAGAGGAGGAUUGGGGGACGGAUGCUACGGAGAUGUUGGAGCUUAUAGCAUAUGGGGCGCUGUCGGUCGAGGGUGAUGAUGGAACGACCAGCACGGAUGAUAUUGAGAAGCUGCUGGAGUUCCAGGUUGAGCAGAUGCAAAAACUCGGAACCAGAAUCCCAGAGGAUGUUAAGGAUAAGUUCAGAACCACUCUGGGCAAGAGCGUUGUGGUACCCAGCCUGUCACAUUAUCUCACCUUCCUUGACGCGUGGAGAGCUGGGGAUUACCCAACGUCCUUCGAUAACCUCCACCGAUAUUUUGACUAUACCAUGCAGAACAGAGAUCGGCUGUUCUACCAAUAUGCCCUCAUGAACCUGGCAGUCCUGCAAGCCGACUUUGGCUGUUACGAUGAAGCCGUGGCGGCGAUGCAGGAGACUGUGUCUACCGCUCGAGAGAACAAAGAUAUGGCGUGCUUGAACUUCGCUCUCAACUGGCUCUACCACUUCGGGAAGGCACACACAAAAGUCAUCAAGGGGGCCGACUCCACGAACAUCCUUGGCGUCGAAAGGGAGGGCCUUGCAUUUCUCAGGAUUAAGGCCAAGGAGACAGGCAUGUGGACGCUCUGGAGCUCUUCGCUACUUAGUGAAGCAAAGCUAGGCAUGUCGAACGGCGAGAGUGUUGCCACGGCUUUCGAGAACAUCCUUAAGAGCUCCCAGCUCAUUAUCGAGAAGAACAUGAAAAGCAUGAGGGGUCCACAAACAGCAAUGCAAUCGGCCCUCUGGGGCCGAUUGGGAGUGGCUCAUAUUGCAAGACAGUAUUGCGACAUCUUUCUCAGCUGUCAUGCUCGCUUCGCGCUCUUCGAUGACACCCUGAGGUUCACAUGCAAGGUAGCUCAUCUGCUAGCAGAAAGGGGGAGAUACGAUGAGGCGAUGGCGAAGCUGGAAGCGCUGGAUGAGAACUCACUUCGUUCAUGGAAAGCUAAUCAGUACUGGCAGAAGUAUCGAGGUAUUCUUCGCCUGAAGCGGGAUCUGCAUAGAAACGAACUGAACGGUGCCCACCAUCUGCUCCAACAGCUCCUCCAAUGCACUGCUUCCGAUACCGACAGCGAUCUUGCCUUUGAGACCAAUACCCUCCAUAUCGAUUACCUGAUCCGACGCACUGAUUACGGACAGGCUUUGGCGAAGAUUGAGCAGAUAGCAUCGGAAAUGAAGGAGGAUGGUGAUGAUCUCAAUUUGAGGAUCAAGCUUCUUACUAUGAAGGCCUUGCUUCAAGAUAAAUCUGGACGUCCGCAGAAGGGGUUCUCAGUGGCAGUCCGAGCAGCAAGCAUUGCUUGGCGAGCACGAUUGAUUCCUGCUCUGUGGGGAGCAAUGGGAGCUAUUGCGAAUAUCCUGACUUCUCUAUCAGAAUUCCAAGCGUCCGCCCAGAUUCUCGUCGCCAUCAUACCCCGAGCACUCGAGCACGAGAACUGCUCUUUAAACGCGCAACUAUACUCCUUCCUGGUCGAUGCACACAUGGGACUCGCAGGGCAGGCAGAAUCCGGGAGUGCAAAGAGAAAGGAGAAUCUGACUAGGAGCUUGGAGUUCAUAGAUCGCUCUUUUGAUGAGUACUCAGCGCUGGAAGAUAUCAAGGGGCAGUGCGAGAUGAUGGCUAAGAAGGCGACAAUCAUGAGGGUUGUGGGGGAAAAUGUGCUGGCGAAUGAUUAUGCGAGCGCUUAUCUGGAUCUGAAGAAGAGGGUGGAAGUUUAG